GAUUAGGACAUGGGAAGAUGAUUGUAGUGAGAGGCCAAGAUGCGAAGAUGUGACCAAAAGCCAUAAGGGUUGUUAUUUCAAAACUAUAUAAGAAACUGGUUCACUACAGUGAAGGCAGAUCAUCUGUGUUUUGGCAUCCUAAACCCUUUUCUUUCAUUUUUUUAUUUUAAUUAGCAAGAUGUUCUCUCUAGGGUACAGUCUAGCAGCUCAUUUUGAAUGAUUCAGCUCGAGGUAGUAUUAUUAACCAGGUUUGAGGAAAAAAAACCCAGCCAAACUAUAUUUAUUCAGAGAAAUAUGGUGGAAACUCCAAAACUUGCUGAGUGGAAAUGCUUCUCACUUCUUGAGAUGAUGGUUUAAUUUCUGGCAAUGAUCCAGUUAAUAGCAAUCCAGCAAACACACACAGACAAAACACAUCAAACAUUACAGAGAAAACAAUCCUUAAUAAUCCAAUAAAACACCAAUAAUGACAGAUGUACAAUAAAAAGCUCAUCCAAGGUGUGUGUGUGUGUGUGUGUGUUCGUGUGCUCGAGCCCCGAAUGAAUAGCCCUAGCGACGCCCCUGGUUUGGAGCACAUGAUCGACUCAUUAUUCCAUUUUUAUUAAUGAAGUGUUGUGGAAGAUAUAAAUGUGUCAAAGCAGAUCUGCAGAUAGAUGGAGACUACGAAAAGGAGGUCAUCUGUAACAAAGACAAAGCGAGUUACAGCAUGAGUUUAUAAAGGUCGACUACAAAUUGUAGAUAAAACCUGCACUGGAUUAUGAACGACUUCUGCCCCUUCCAAUAUGGCGGACGCAUUGACGUGUCGGUGUCCAUAUUAAUAUCCGGUACAAAACACGAUACUGUUUAAAAAUAUAGAAUUGACAUGUUUUUUUAAUUAAAAUUAUUUCAUUAAAAUUAUUUUAACACUCGCGCCUCGUUAUAAUUAAUAACGAAUAAUUUCAUUAUUAAUUAUUAUUUUAUUUAAUACCUAAAUAAAUACACGAAACAUACGUCACCAUGUAGUUGAUUUUUAAAAUGCGUGACGUAACCAGGAGGCGUUCUAGAGGUAUUUAAAAUUAAACACGGCAACAAACAACAACAAUUUGGACUGCUAGUGGACUCUCGCUGCUUCAAAUCCACGAUUACUCUACCAAGAAGAUGAACUUCAGUAAGUUUCUUCCCAGCGCGAGCACUUUCCGGGGUGUGGCCUGCGCCGGCGGUCUGCUCGCGCUCGCCUCUGCGGGAUACUGGGCUUAUCACAGGCUGAAGAGGAGAAGCGGUCUGCCCGCUGCCGAUCCUCAACCUGCUCCAGGAGCUGUUGCUGAUGUGGAGGAAGUGGAGGAUGUCCAGGUCACUGAGCCGAUCCAGCAGCUCCCUCCCACUGAACUCCUCCCUCAGACGUCAGCUGUCGUCCUGUUUUCACGCCACAGUGGUGCCGGUGAUCUGCACAGCGCUCGGAGUAACGUCCGGUUUCUCACCUCCCACAUCUACGGCUCCCAGUUUCAGUCGGUGGAAGUGCGGAGGUAUUUCAUCCAGCCGUGGAGGUUUACCGUCACCGAGACCUCCUGCGUUCCUUUGGGAUCCUCGAACUCCACCGCAUGUGAGGAGUCUUUCACCAGCGUACAGCGAGUCUCUGGGAGCGUGAAAGAGCCGGAGUCCUGCCUUGGCGUGGAGACCGUCACCUCUGUGCCUCACGAGGACGGCGAGCAAACCUUUAAUCAGGGGAGAUGCUCUCACCUACCUGUGAGUGUGGAGGAUCAGGUGGACACGUCCCAUCUGGAGGAAGAGGAAAGAUCCCUCACUCCUCAUGCUGACUUGGAUAUUGAGUCAGAUUUUGAGGAAAGUAUCGAUGAUCUUUCUCCUGAGGAGAGCGAGGUACCCUUCAUCAGCGCACACCUCUGGCUCGAUGGAGUUACAGACGUUGCUCUGAAGCUGCCUGCCAUUCGCGAGGCGUUCUCUGGAAUGUUGGACUGCAUGCUCGUGCAGAACCUCCUGUACUUGUCAGGGAAGAAGAUUCUCAUGCGUCUGGCAGCAGCCAACAAAAAGGACGUGGACGGUGUUAAGCGGGCCUACGACUCCGUGAUCCGUUUCGUGAGAAAGCCGUCCAACUGGGAGUGGAUCGAGGCGGAGUUGCUCCAGGCUCAGCUGCACCAUUUCAGCUUCCUCGAUGUGUUCUUCGAGCUCGUCUUGUUCAGGUGCUUUAUACACAGCUCGCCGCCUCCAGCUUCGGAUGGAGGAUUAUUGCAGCCUCUGUUUUUAGCCAUCAGCCAGUGGGACGUGGAGGUCAGGGAGCCUGAGGCAGAGCGACUCUUUUUAAGGCUUUCUAAUAUACUGACAGUUCUGCUUGAGGACCUUUUCCAUCAGCCUCUGGAGCUUUACGGAGAUCCAGCAGCUUUAGCCUCCGCAGUGUUGAAGAUCGUGAAGCAGCGUGUCCAGGAAAUGAUGAAGACCAUAGAGAGAGUCUGAGCAACAUUCACACCCCUCUAACACACACACACACACACACACACACCUCUAUCCCUUUUGUCUUAAAGAGUGAUCAGGACACAAAUCUAUUAUUUGCUAUUGGAUCCUCAUCAGUAGAUUAAACUCUGUAUGUUUUGCUCAUUGGUAACAUAGAACUGUUUUUAUUCUCCAUUUAGUUUAAUCCUAGAUGAUUAUUAACUUAUUCAUAACUAACCAAAGUUUAAUAAACUAAUCCAUGUCCUGGUCACACUUUAAACACUCUUCUUUCUCUUGACAUGUUGCUUGAGCUCUCUGUAGGUAAGUAAAUAGUUAUUUCAGUGUUUGUUGUUAUUGUACAUUGACCUUUUAUUAUAUAUUUAAGAUUUAUUCUACAUUUUAUUAGAUAUUUAA